AUGACGAAGCUCUUUAGCCCGAUCAAGGUCGGCCGCGUCGAGCUGCCGCAGCGCAUUGCCAUGGCUCCCAUGACGCGCUUCCGGGCUGACGACCAGCACGUCCCUCUGCCCUACGUGAAGGACUACUACGCCCAGCGAACGGCGGUUCCUGGCUCGUUCGCCAUCACCGAAGCCACCUUCAUCUCUGCCAAAGCCGGCGGUUACAAGAACAUCCCCGGCAUCUACACCAAGGAACAGAUUGCUGCCUGGAAGCAGGUCACCGAUGCCGUCCACGCCCAGAAAUCCUACAUCUACCUGCAGCUGUGGGCGCUGGGCCGCGCCGCCAGCCCGGACGUCAUCAAGGAAGAGGGCUACGAUUUCGUGUCCAGCAGCGCCACGCCCAUGAGCGCCGACGCGCCGACGCCUCGUGAGCUGACCGAGGCUGAGAUCCAGUCCUUUAUCGCCGACUACGCCCAGGCGGCUAAGAACGCUAUCGAGGCUGGCUUCGACGGUGUCGAGAUCCACGCUGCCAACGGCUACCUCAUCGACCAGUUCACCCAGGACACUUGCAACAAGCGGACGGACGCCUGGGGCGGCAGCAUCGAGAAGCGCGCCCGCUUCGCCCUCGAAGUCACCAAGGCGGUUGUCGACGCCGUGGGUGCGGACCGGACGGGUAUUCGACUGAGCCCGUGGAGCACCUUCCAGGGCAUGCGCAUGGCCGAUCCCGUCCCGCAGUUCACCUACCUGACCGAGAAGCUCAAGGAGUUCAAGCUGGCUUACUUGCAUGUCGUCGAGUCGCGCAUCGCCGGUAACACCGACGUAGAAAGCUCCGACACGCUGGACUUUGUGCUCCAGGCCUGGAACAACACGUCGCCAGUGCUUAUUGCGGGUGGAUACAAGGCCGAGUCGGCCAAGGAGGCCGUCGACUCCCGGUACAAGGAUUACGACGUGGUCAUUGCCUUUGGCCGGCCGUACAUCUCCAACCCGGAUCUGCCAUUCCGGGUGAAGGAGGGCAUCGACUUCGCUCCGUACGUCAGGGACCUUUUCUACGUGCCAAAGGAGCCCAAGGGAUACAUCGACUACCCGUUCAGCGACAAAUUCACUCAGAUCAAGGCUCGCGCAUGA